AUGCUGGACAGCCCCUUCACCAUAGGCACUGUGGAAGAGAUGCUGAGGUGGCGUGUGCAGAACGCGCACCCAUCGAGUGCGUUCGAUGGUGCCUCGGGCGAGAGUCUUCUCAGACGACUUUGCAAUCAAGAGUUAUGGUCUUUCGAACAGGAGGAGUUCAAGUUGAUGUACGCCUAUUUGUACAUGCCUGUUCCAGGCUACAUCCUCAGCGCGCUGGCCAUUAUCCUGUGGGUGUUCACCAUCAUGGUCGAGUACCGACGUUGUGUGGAACAGGCCAUGGCUGUGAUACAUCUUCCAAGCCUCUCCCACGGUGAUGAGUUCCUGGUCAGGGAUCCAGAUGGCAACAUUAAGAUACUUGGCAUGCGGCCAUUCCAAAGAAUCAUGGCGCUGGUCUUUCUCAUCCUUCCAAGGCUUCUGGUCAUGGGCUGGUUGGGAGUUAUUGGGUGCAUUUAUCUUGCGCAGACAGUCAACCUGUCGGACAUUGUCCUGAACGCUGUGGCCUUGGCCUUCGUGAUGGACGUGGAUGAGCUGGUGGCUGACGUUCUCUUGACAGAGCGUCUUCGGUCGAUACUUCCCAAAAUCGAGCCCUUGUCGUGCGGGAAGAGAAACGUCGAGCGGAUGCUGCCUAUCAAGGACUUCGUGCGCUACGGCAUCACUGGAGGGCUGGUGGCCGUUUCCUUGCUGGUGUGGGUGUGGCCCUUCGACCACAACGUCAGAGGUGCCGCAAUGGCUUUGUGCGGUGGGUUCCAGGACUUCAGCUAUGACUUCCACUACGCCAGUGGAAACUCCUCGGUGAUCUUGAAGCCGGCCGCGUAUGGACAAGAAGCCUGGGUGAGCACCUGUGAGACACACGAAUGUGGCGGCACUUAUGACACCUACCUGCAGCUGCACUACGGGGUGAAGAACAACUGCAGCGUGACAAGCGGCACGUCGGCAACUCAAGCGGCUGACUAUGUGUUCAGGGACAAGGAGGUCUUGAAGUUUGCCUUCGGAAGUCACCCCCAAUUCAACAGCAAUAGUGGAGUCACACAGUGCACGGCUGGCCAGAUUCUGGAGCCUCAAGACAAAGAUAACCUUUUGAAGGAGAGAGCGUGCGUGACCCUGCCCACCAGCCUUGGCGAGAUGUUGAAAGAGAAGAACAUUUCAUAUGGAAACACACAGCCUCCUCCUCAGUGUCCACGGUUCCGGCCGGCAUCUGGGUGUGAGACGCCUUCGCGGCCGGAUGUUUGUGUGUGGUCUUGGAUGUCGGAAAAAUGUGACAAACAGUGGCCAGGAUCUGUUCAGGAAGAUGCCUGUGAUGCAGCAGCCGAUUUGGUAGUAACUUGCGACACGUGGGAAUACAUCUUCAACACUGAGCACCCUGACUACAACUGUGCCUCGAGAGACUUAUGCAGUGGACCCGACUACGACUGCUUGGCCAUGCGAGGCGAAUACCAUAUUGUGCCAACAGAUUAUGCAGCGUGGUCUUCGGCGGAUGAGAUCUGGACCCCAAUUUCUAACGUCCUGAAGGAGAGGUUUGGUAUGCCCUACUACAACAACAUCUACAUGAACUUGGUUGCGUCUGGGCAAGACAUCACUUUCGUUCUCUGCCUGAAAAAUAUUCCAAAGACGCUCAAGCCACUCCGGGUUCUGGGCGCAGUCAACACAUUGCUGGAGGACAUUCGGGACCAAGCUGGCUACAAUCCGUCGAACGGCAUAGAAUCCAUCACUGAUUCGGGUACGUGGGAGUAUAUGACCACAGUCACUAUGAACGAGAGGAUUCUUAAUGCGCCGUGGCCCAAUCACUACUGCAAUCAGUUUGCAUAG